AUGGCCAAGCCGCGGGGUGAGCGAUCUUCUGCUUCACAAGCAUGGAUUCGGAGAUGUUUCGUGUGCUGGGUAGCUCCGUUGGUUUUCUUGCUUUUCAUCCCAUUCAACAUGCCCAACAUGCCUGUGGAUGGCACGGAGUUCGGUUUGCUGGAAACGGUGGGGCCGCCAUUGAUAGGCUUGACUGCGACGUCUCUGUUGGGCAUCACCCUGCCCCUUUGUGGCUGUGCUUCCCGGUGGUUCGUGGUUGUGCAGGUGGUUCUGCAAAUCGCCAUCAUCGGAUGCUUCUUGACGUUUCAGGAGAGAACCUCGGCAGCUCCGGCAGCUCCGGCAGCUCCGGCGAAGCAGCACACAUUCAGAGAUGCUGAAGCUGCGGAGGAGCCAAAGGUUGCCACACGCUUUUUGCAGCCGCAGAAUCAGAAGCGAUCCGGGACGAUGUCAGUGGUGCUGCCUUGCUUGAACGAGCCAUAUGCCUUUAAGACGGUGAUGAGCUUCUGCAACCGGACACCUGCAGAGGUGCUGGAGGAGAUUAUUGUGGUAGACGACGCUUCUGUGCCGCCGCUGGUAAACAAGCUGGAGGGUGUACCCUCACAGUGCAAGCUCAAGGUCCUUCGGCACAACGAGUCCCUAGGACUCAUGAUUGCCAAGCAGACGGGAGGAGACGCCGCAUCAGGGACCUAUAUCGGCUUUUAUGAUUGCCACGUGGCACCUGCGAGGAACUGGUACAAAGAGACCAUCGAACUUUUAGCGGCAAAGGAGCGUCGGCUUGUUGUCCCCAUGAUCGCUGACCUAGAUCUUGACACUUGGGAUGAGAAGGUGCACGGAGCCCUCACGGCCAAGUGCUACAUCAACUUCAAUGCUGACUUUUGGUGGUACGAGGAUGAGUCCGAUUUCAUCCCAGUGAUCAGUGGAGGCUUGGUCGCCACAACACGGAAGUGGUGGCAGGACUCUGGUGGCUUUGACCCUGGCAUGCGUGGGUGGGGCGGGGAGAACACGGACCAAUCGCUGCGAGCAUGGCUGUGCGGUGGUGACAUUUUGCGAGCUCGGUCUAGUCACGUCGCACACAUGUGGCGGGUCGAUUCCGACCCCCGCACCCUGUCCCACUAUCAUCUGAAGCAUCGCACUGACAAUUUGGCGAGGGUGGCCGCCAUAUGGUUUGGUGAGUUCAGAGACAAGUUUCGGGAAGGAAAGCUGGACUCAACGCUCGAUGUGUCUGUUGCAGUUCACAAGCUGCAGGCUUUGCAGUGCAAGCCGUUUGCCUACUUUCUGCAUCGCUUUCGCAAGUUGUACGUCAGAGGAGGCGUGCUGCCAGAACACGUCUUCCGCCUGCGCUUAAAGGGAACCGACAAGUGCAUCUCAAAGAGUGGAGCCGUCUUCAAGCUGGCGCCUUGCGCCGUGGCAUCCUGGUUGCACUUUGCCAACAUGGCUCCCCCACGUUUUCCGCGUCCCAGUGAUUUCGAAAGGGACGCGUCCUUGGCGCCAUCUUCGUCUGAAGUGGUUUGUGGUGGUCACACAGCUCCCAGUUGUGCAGAGUGUCCGCGACAGCAUGGGGAAGAGUGGUGUCACGUCGACUGCAAAUGGGUUUUCGGAAGCUGUGUUCCGGCAGUGAAAUCAGGGCCGUCGUCCUUGAAUGAUUCCAACAUUUCCAACACCUCUAGGCCAUUCUCGGGCAUACGUCUAUGGAAUUCAAUCGAGUGCUUUGACCGUUUGGAUCCGACAGGUCCUAUUGUCUAUUUCUGCGAUAUCACAGGCAACAACCAGAACCAGCAGUACCUGCUUGAUACCCAGGGCCUCAUCCGCCACUCUUCCGGCCGCUGCGUCUCUGUGAACCCCAAAGCGACGCAGCUGGCGGCCCACCCCUGCGAUGGCGCUCGCGGCUGGGAGGUAAUCGAACGCUUUGUCCCCGCAGAGACCCAGAGAUACCAGGCUGCAGUGGCCCGUUACCAGCUUCGAGAGGACUCUCCAGACAGCUAG